AUGUCGGAGUCCGGUGCCCCCGCGGCCGGUGACAAACCGCCUCGACUCCAGGACCGUGUCCUGAGCGGGGUGCGCUGGGGCCGCCUCCUCGAGCCCCUCGGCUUCAUCAAGGUGCUGGAAUGGCUCUUCGCCAUCUUCGCUUUCGGGGCCUGCGGCUCGUUCAGCGGCGAGACCGGAGCGACGGUGAAAUGCGACGGCGAAACCAAAGAGAUGAGCGUCAUUUCCACCCAGUUCGGGUACCCCUUCAGGUUAUACCAGAUCCCCUUCGAGAUGCCAGACUGCGAGGGGGAGUCAGGGACUCGCACCCUCCACCUCAUCGGCGACUUCUCCGCUCCUGCCGAGUUCUUUGUGACCCUGGGGGUCUUCUGCUUCCUCUACGCCAUGGUGGCUCUGGUGCUCUACCUGCGCUUUCAUUCCCUCUACAGCGAGAAUAAGAAGCUGCCCAUGGCGGAUUUCUGUGUCACCGUCUGUUUCACUUUCUUCUGGCUGGUGGCAGCAGCAGCAUGGGGCAAAGGGCUGAGCGACGUGAAGGCGGCCACACGGCCCAGCAGCCUCAUCGCCGCCAUGGCCGUGUGCCAGGGCGAGGAGGUGGUGUGUGAUGUGGGCACCACGCCGGCCAUGGGGCUGGCCAACAUCUCCGUGCUCUUUGGCUUCAUCAACUUCCUGCUGUGGGCUGGGAACUGCUGGUUCGUGCUGCAGGAGACGCCGUGGCGGGCGCAGGCCGUGCCCAGCGACGCCAACGCCGCCGCUGCCGCCGAGCAGGGUGCCAUCGACAAGCAGUAGCCACCCCGGGGGCCUCCCUGUCCCCCGGCUCCUCG